AUGAGAUUCUUCCUUGGGGAGAGACGGCCGGAGAAGAAGCAAAAGAAAGGUACCGUCACUGUGGCUUGUGGGGCAACAGGGAGUCAUGCCGGACCCUAA